GUUCGAAAUGCCACAUAACGUUAGCAAGCCUUCAACCAUGCCACCGUCACCACCGUUGCCGUCCAGCCCAAUCUCUCUGCGCCUGCAGGCCCCGAAGCGCGAAAGCUGUUCGAUAAAAUCGUUGGAAUCUCCACACACAGCGUCGUCGACGUCGUCUGACGGGAGCGACGCGCCUUCGCCUAAGUCGGAAUCGUUCCACGAGCGAAUGCUAGGCAUGGUUCAACAUGCGUUAUCGACGUACUCGGCGGAAGCUGCAGCCAUAUCCAAGAUGGCAUGGAAGGUAAGUCUGGCCACACUGUGCCGCACUCUCCUGCCAGCCAUCACCGCCGGUUUCCUGGGUCAUUUGGGCUCCAAGGAAUUGGCGGCAAGUGCGCUAGCCAACAUUUGGGUGUCGGCGUUGCAAAUCUUCAUCUAUGGCUUCUCGGUGUCCCUGUGCACAUUAUGCGGACAAGCAUACGGUGCCCGCAAUUAUGAACUCGUGGGCAUUUGGUUCCAGCUGGGCGUCGUGACAUUGAGUGUCAUCUCGAUUGCGAUGGGCCUGUCAUUCUUGUACGUUGGGCCAAUGCUGGCGAUGCUCUCCAGCGACGCUGAGACGCUGGCACUCGCGACCGUCUUCUGCCGGUAUUCCGUGCUUAGCGUGUGGCCGCAGUGCGUCAAUUGUGCGCUCAGGCAGUACUUGCAGGCCCAGGAGAUAAUCGCCCCUGGCACCGUCGUGAGCUUUCUCAGCGUGCCCAUCUGCAUCGCGGCCAACUACUUGUUCAUCUUCUACCUCGAGUUCGGCUUCGUGGGGUCUCCCCUGGCGCAGUUCGUCGCCGAUGCGUUCCAGCCGGUCGCGUUGUUUCUGUAUGCAUGUUGGUUCAAGCGAUACCACGAAAAGACGUGGUUUGGAUGGACGUGGGCGUGCCUCCGGCCAGACCGCGUCCGCCGCUUCCUCUGGCUGUCCAUGGCCAUGACGCUAAACGUCGCAUUGGACGAGUGGAUCUACUCGGUCGUGACGGCGAUCGCUAGCUCCCUCGGCUCGCUCGACAUGGCCGCCAACAGCGUGCUGUACAUGCUGUGGAACCUCGUGUACAGCAUCUACUGGGGCUUUGGGCUGCCCACGCAGGUCCGCGUCGCCAACUUCCUCGGCGCCAACCGCCCGGACGCCGCCAAGCGCACCAUGUACGUCGGGUUCGCACUCGGGGGCGCCGCCGCGUUUGGGUCGGCCGGUUUGUUUUUCCUGUUCUUGUAUCCGCUGAUCGCCCUCUUCACGCCGGAUCCGGACCUGACGGCGCUGGUUGCACGGACCUUCGCCCUCUUUGCGGUCGCCGUGGGGGUCUCCGGGCUCCACAUCGUGCUGGCUAGCGUGGCCGAAGCCAUGAGCAUGGCUAACAUUCUGCUCUGCAUCACCGCCACCGGCUCGUGGGUGGUGCUCCUGCCCGUGUCGUUCGUGCUGGGUAUAGUGUGCCACUGGGGCCUCGCGGGGCUGUGGGUCGGCAGCGUCCUCGGUGAAACCACCAAGUUUGUGCUCAUAGCUGUCGCGUUGUACAGGGUGGACUGGGACGCCGCGGCGGUCGUCGCGGUCCGGCAGUCCCGGCUGCAUUCGCCCAAGGACGAGGAAUUGGACGUGCUGGAGCGCGUGCUCGUGAGCGUGUCGACACCGUCUAUGUUUAGUCCGGUGAUUUCUCGCCAAAUUGCCGACGGCCAUUCAAGCGAGUACAUGCGCAGUCGCGGAUAUAGCCAUCACUCGGACGAUAAUGAGCGCGAAUGUUUGCUCAGGCAGCGAGCAUUGUCGUUUUAAUUCCCACGAAAAACUAGACCCCUCCC